AUGCCGAUUGAGGGAUGUUAUUGGAAAAUUAUUGGAAUUUUAAAUAAAAAUAAAAAGAAGUUAGUUCCAUAUAUUGAAGAAGAAAAAGAAAAGGAAGAAAAAAUUAGAAAGGAAGAGGAGAAGAGGAAAGAAGAGGAGAAACGGAAGGAAGAAGAAAAAUUGAAGGAACAACAAAAAAUUAGACAGAAUGCCAAAGAAAAACAAAAAAAGAAUGAAAAUGGAAUUUUUGAAGGAUUUGUUUGUGGACAAAUAAAUAAUGAAUAUUUGGUUUAUUUGCCUGAAGAAAAAGAAUUUGGACAUUUACCGAUGAGAGGAAAAAUGGAUAAAUUGUUGGGAAUGUGGAUACAAUUACAAUUACGUUUAAUUAACGGAAAAAGAAUGAUAGAAAAAUUUUCUGUGAUAGAACCAAGAAUGUUGUUAAUUGUGUCUCAGGAAAAUCGUGUUAUGUUCAAAGCAAAAAUAGAAGUUCCUCUCUUACAAAAUACUUCAUCUUUGCCUUUUUGUCGAUCACUUGGAAUUUAUGUUAAAGAUAAUUAUAAUUUAUUGCAAGCAAAACAUUGUGGACGUUUUAUCAACACAACAAUUGGGUGUUUGGUACAACCAUUGGAAAAUGAGGAAAAUUUAGUUCAGUUUGAAAUUUUGCAUAUUUUGGAACGUUAG